CUCCCUCGCCUCGCUCGCCCCGAGUCACCGCCGCCCGUGAUGGAGGCAGCGUAACUUCCCGAUCCGGGUCGCCAAGGAAGCCGUUCCCGUUCACGCCGGCACCCUGCGUGCUCUUGCUGCCGCUGAUACUACUGCUGAUACUACUGCUGCUGCUGAUCGUCGACACAGAUUCAGCGGCUGCUGCACACCCACGUCCUCCUUCCCCCACGUCCCCCGUCCCCGUCUCAGCCGAACAAGAUGCAGAGUCAGCUUUAUUGUCUGCACCUCGUUCUCCUACUAAUGACCCCCUCCUCUCAGUGUCAGCGUCGUCGCCGGCGGCCGCGGCACCGACGACGGCACCGACGGCGGCACCGACGGCGGCACCGGCGCCGGCGGCGGCGAUGGCGUCGCGAGCCGGCGUCCUCCGCCUGGAGAUGUGCGGGGGCAGCGGAGCGCUGCUCGCCUCCAUGAACUCGCUGCGCGCCGAGGGCAAGCUGUGCGAUGUGACGGUGCGCCUGGGCUCCGCCGCCUUCCCGGCGCACCGCGUGGUGCUGGCGGCCGGCUCGCCGUACCUCCGCGACCAGUUCCUGCUGAACCCGAGCGCCGGCGAGCUGCGCGUGUCGCCGCUGCCGGAGCCGCGCGCCGCGCUGGCGCUGCUGCUGUCGUGCUACACGGGCCACCUCGACGUGCCGGCCGCGCAGCUGGUGGCCUACCUGACGGCCGCCAGCUACCUUCAGAUGGACCACGUCGUGGAGAGGUGCACCAAGGCGCUAUCCGAGUACUUCCAGCCGCGGUUCGGGCUGCACGGGGCGGACGGCGCGACGGGCGACGGCGGCGACGGCGCCGCGACGGACGACGACGCCGGGUUUUGCUCGAAGGCCGCGGCCGCCAGUCCGCUGUCGGAGCGCUCGUACGACGGCGAGUCGGACCGGAUGCCGGACGGCGCGGGGACGUCCGAGCCGGAGUACGAUCGCUGCGGCGUUGCCGUCGCUGACGGCGCCACCGACGACGACGACGACGACGAGAACAAGGUCUUCGACGGCUCUCUCUUCGGCUCGGAGAGGGAGCGGUCGACGGAGAGAGCGGCGCCUCCGGCCGGGCGCAGGCAGCAGGAGUGCCCUCCCCGGAGCCUCUCCAUCGUCAAGGUGGAGCAGCUGAGCGGCGACGAGUUCGACGGGGACGCCAACGCCAGGCGUCCACAGAUGGCGCUGUCGCAGCACCACCACCACCACCACCGACGUCAGCCGGAGUCCGCCCGCCACCAGCUGUCUCCCCCGUCCGAGCAAAACACCCACGCCAUGCACUUGUCGGCUGAUCUCACGCGGCACGGCCACUUGGAGUGCCGGCGUCAGCGGAUGGUGCUGGCGGGCAGCCCGGACGGCGCCACGAUCAUCACCGGCACCGGCGUUUCCGACGGCGAGCAGCAGCAGGAGGAGACGAACGCUCAGCCGUAUUUCCAGAUGCCGGGCCACAGCCCCGUGUACUCCUCCAGCCUACACCACCACCACCAGCACCACCACCACCACGACGGCACCAGAGUCGGCACCAGCAGCAGCGGCUGCGUCGGGCUGCGCGCCGGCAGGGGCGCCGGCCGUUUUGGCAUCGUCCCGCCGAGCAAAGCGAAGAGCGGCCGCGGCGGCGUCAGGGCCUUCUCCUUCCGCUCGGCUCCGGCCGGGGCGGCGGUUUUGACGGCGCCGCCCGCGGCCUCCGGGCACCGGCCGCACGGCGACCCGGCGCUCGCCCUCUACUCCGUCGCCCCCGCUCAUUCGGCGUCCGCGGCCGGCGUCUCGCCGACCGCCGGCGUCGGCGCGAAGCACUUCGAGUGCGGCCGGUGCCCCAAGACGUUCUCGCACGCCGAGGUGCUGUGGGCGCACAUGCGCACGCACAAGGUGUUCACGUGCCCCCGCUGCGGGCGCCAGUUCUCGCAGAGCAGCAACCUGACGCGCCACCUGCGCAUCCACACGGGCGUCAAGCCCUUCGCCUGCGCCCUGUGCGGCCGCUGCUUCACGCAGAAGAGCUCGCUGCACGACCACAUGAACCUGCACAGCGGCGACCGGCCGCACCGCUGCGCGCACUGCCAGGUCGGCUUCGCGCACAAGCCGGCGCUCCGCAGGCACCUCCGCGAGCAGCACCAGCGCGGGGCGGCGCCGGCGGCGGGCGGCGGCGUCGGCGUCGGCGGCUUCGCGGCCGCGAUGGUGGCGGACGGCCCCGGAGGCCGCGGCGGGGACGGCGGGGACGGCGGGGACGGCGGGGACGAGGAGGCGGGCGAGGGACACGGUGGGCGCGCGUUCGAGCUGGCGGGCGGGCACGCGCGCGCCGACGAAGGCGGGGACGCGUACGAGCGCGGGCUCGCGGCGGACGGACGCUCGGACAGUGACUCGCGCGGGCACGUGGACGAGGGCGUCAGUGGACUUUACUUGUAG